GGCUAUGUGAUUAUUAUUCUCCUUGGUGAAGUUUUCCCCUCCAGGUUGAAACACCCAGAGUUAGGCAAGCAUUCAUUUGGUGGAUUUCCUGUAAGGGAAGGAGUGUGAUGUUUGCUUAUCUUCAGUCUGGGAAGGACUUAGUGGUUUGAUUUGUUCUUUGUUUGUUGCUCAAGGUGACAUUUAAUGUGAUUUUAGGAACUGGGUAACAUUGUGUAAGCUAAGGUUUCCUUGGACAUCUCCUAUCUCUUUUCCUAGGCCUUCCUUCCUCUUCCCAUCCCCCUUUCACCCAUGUAGGCACCCACCCAAUUUUUCCUUCCCUUGUAAUUCAACAAAGAGCCUUUUCAGGUUUCCGGUAAAGGCUGAAAGGCAUUGUCACAGGCACCAGGAAGAUAACCAUCUAGUUAGGAAAAAAAAGGAGACUGCUGAGAUUCAAGAUGAGCUGCAUUAAAUGUAAGGGAAAGGUCAUCAGAAUGCUCCAGAGGUUCUGAUGGAAAGAUUAAUUCCAGCUGGCAAAACUGAUGGACGAGGUGGCAUUUGAAUUUGAAGAAUGGGUGGAUUUUUUUUUUUCUGUUUAAAAAAGUGUAUCUUAAAAUUUUUUGGUUAAUGAGGUAUGACAUAUGCAGGAAGGGCACUGUUUUUAUAUAUGUAUACCCCUGUGUCACUACCCCCCAAAUGAAGAUAUAGAACAUUUCCAGCACCUCUGUGCCCCUUCCCAAUCGGCACUGGAUCCUCCCGUCCCGAUAACCACUCUUCUGACUUCUAUUACCAUAAACUAGUUUUGUUGUGAAUUUCAUUUAUUUGUAAUCAUACAGUAUGUACAGUAGGAGUCUGGCUUUUUUUGUUAAUCAGUUAUUUUUGUGAGAUUCAUCCAUAUUGUAUGUAGCAGUAACUUUUUUUUUUAAAUUGCUGACUGGUAUUCCAUUGUACGUAGCUAGCAAUAUUUGUCUAUUCUGUUGAUGGGUAUUUAGGUUAUCAGUUAUCAGUUUUGGGCUUUUGUGAACAAAGCUGCAGUGUGCAUUCUUGUUCUUUUUGCAGACUCCGCAGUCAUUUCUAGCAGAGGAGUAGCUGGCUUGUACAGUAUGCAUAUGAUCAGCAACAGUAGUAGAUAUUGCCAGUUUUCCAAAGUGUGUGUAUCACUUUCGCCUUCACCAGCAAUGUAAGAAAAUUCUAGUUGACGCUUAUCCUUGUCGAAACAGAGUCUUAUCAGUCUUUCUAACUAGCUAUUUUGGCUAAAUGUGGUAUCUUAUUAAUAGUUUUUCUUACAUUGUCUCUGGUGUUGAGCACCUUCACAUAUGCUUUUUGACUGUUUCAGUGUUCUCUUUUGUGAAGUGCUUGUUCAAGUCUUUUGUGCACUUUUUAAAUUGGGCUUUUUGUCUUCUUAUGAAUUUGUAGUUCUUUAUAAAGUUUGGAUAUGGAGGUCUUUGCUACAGGCUUCGCAGAUACCUUUUCCAAGUCUGUGGCUUGCCUUUUAGUCUCGCACUGGUAUCUUUUGAUAAACAGAAAUUCUUAAUUUUAAUGUAGCGCAGUAGUUUCGUGUUUUCUUUUAUGAUUAGUACUUUUUUCAAUAAGUUUAAGAAAUCUCUGCCUACAGGGUUGGUAGGAUUUUAAGAGGCAAAUAGGAGGGAAGGGCAUUGCAAAAAAGAAGAGAGAGCAAGCUUGAGCAUAGGCCCCAGUGUCAGAGAGGGAAGGCGAAGUUGUGUUGGGCAUGGAAAGGCCUGGAGUUGGGCUGUAAGAAGGUGGAGCGAGAUAGAGCUGUAAAGAUUGGAGGGAGCAUACUGAGAAGGGCCUUCACUGCAGCCUUGGGGUCUGGACAUUAUUCUGGGGGAAGCAGAGGCACUGCCAGAAUAUUUAUGAACUCAAACAGAACUUGGUUGUCUUCCUUCCACUGCCAAAUUUGCUUUUUCUCUGCAGCCCCAUUCACUUAAUAUCACCUCCAAGACAGCUCCGGCCUACCUAGCCAGAAUCCUGGGUGAUCUCCUCCUUCUCUAUCCCUGCAUCGAACUGGUCACCAGCCGCUGCUGCCUUAUAGGAGCUCCUGAGGGUAAAGCUCGGCCAAAGCGGUGAAUUUCGGGCCCAGGAUGGUGAUGGUGAUGUCGAUGGUUUGGGCCCCGCCACUGCCUAGACUGCAUUCCUCUCUUCAGGCUCCUCUCCACCCCGUUCCUGGGCUACGACCUACCUCGGACGGUCUCUCCCAGGCCCAGGCUGCCCUGGAGGUCUGAGGCUGCCAACACCGCGGGGGGAACCUAGUGUGGGCGGAACUCGAGUGCAGCGGCGGGAGGCUUCCGGGGGAGCCGCAAGGGCAACGGGUCGGCGGAGGCAGAAAAGCGUCGGACGCCGGGCCGAUCAUGGACGCUUGACAACCUGUGGACAGGCGCCGGGAGGCCGAGGCAGCGACCGAGAGGACGGAGAGGCGGCGAGGGCAGAUCUCAAGGCCAGAGAAUGGCAGGUGAACAGAAACCCUCAAGUAACCUCCUGGAACAGUUUAUUUUACUAGCGAAAGGUACCAGUGGCUCAGCCCUCACUGCUCUCAUAAGCCAAGUCUUGGAGGCUCCUGGAGUAUAUGUCUUUGGAGAACUGCUGGAGCUGGCCAACGUGCAGGAGCUUGCAGAAGGAGCUAAUGCUGCAUAUUUGCAGUUGCUGAACCUGUUUGCCUAUGGAACAUACCCAGAUUACUUAGCCAACAAGGAGAGCCUGCCAGAACUGAGCACAGCUCAGCAGAACAAGCUGAAACACCUUACCAUCGUGAGCUUGGCGUCGAGAAUGAAGUGUAUCCCCUACUCUGUGCUGCUGAAGGACCUGGAGAUGCGGAAUCUCCGGGAACUGGAAGACCUCAUUAUUGAGGCUGUCUACACUGACAUCAUCCAGGGGAAGCUGGACCAGCGAAACCAGCUGCUGGAAGUGGAUUUCUGCAUUGGCCGUGACAUCCGAAAGAAGGAUAUCAAUAAUAUUGUCAAGACCUUGCAUGAAUGGUGCGAUGGCUGCGAAGCGGUUCUGCUAGGCAUCGAGCAGCAAGUUCUGCGAGCCAACCAGUACAAGGAGAACCACAGCCGAACUCAGCAGCAGGUAGAGGCAGAGGUUACCAACAUUAAGAAGACACUCAAAGCCACCGCCUCCUCCUCGGCUCAGGAGAUGGAGCAACAGUUGGCUGAACGGGAGUGUCCCCCUCACGCUGAGCAGAGGCAGCCCACCAAGAAGAUGUCCAAAGUGAAAGGUCUGGUCUCCAGCCGCCACUAGGGCCGGCUGGGGCAGCUGGCACUCACCAGGCCUGGGUCAGGUGGGGAGGGGACACCAAGGGCCUAUUUCCUCUCCUGUCUACCUUCAGUGAGUUCCAGACCUGCCCGUCCCCUCACCAGCGCCUCCCACCCUGUUGGUACUGUUUCAGAAGAACCGUUCAUCCUUUCUUCACCCACUCCCUCCUCCCCCAGUUGUUCCUUCAGACUCAGGGGCUCCACUGAUGCCAUCCCAUCAGGGUCAGACACUGCCCAGCUUCCCUCCAGGAGGUUCUUGUCUUUGUUUAAGGGCUUGUCUCCCUCCUAGUUUUUCUUUUGCUCCAUGUCAUUUUGUCAGGCUGGUCAUAAGCCGGAGGCAGCUUUAGCCGGCCCACAGGGAUGACUGCGAAGGAGGCUCCUCUCUGAGGGAGGAGGAGGCUGUGCCUUCUCCAGCCCCGUGCCCCACAGUACCCACGCUGGUGCAGGUGAUCUCUAGCCAGGUAUCAAAUGCUGUGUUUUCCCUCUCCUGCCUUAUCCCUUGUUGGCAGCUCCGAUCAGGCCACGGAGGGAUGUGAUGCUGGGCUAUGUUUACUAAACCUGCGGGUUUUCAGCCUCUUAAGCCCAGCUCCAAUCUCUCGUUAGUUGGGAGCACUGGGUUGACUAACCUGUGGUAUCUGCGCACCAGUGGAGGGUGCUGCGGGUCUGCUGGGUGGCAGAAGUUCCUUCCGGUUUGGUGUUCUUUGCUGGCCAUGCUUCCUGCUACCCCCUGACUACUCAGACUGGUUUUCAGUGUGAAGGCCCCAGCUGCCGCCUGGGACUGUCUGCCGACAGUUGCUCUCCCGAGAUCUUUUACCUCUCCCGGCGAUGUCCGAGCUGGGGAUGGUAGUGCCGAGGGCCCUCUGUCUGGUGAAGGACCUGCUGCUGCUUCUGUCUCUCUCUUUCCACCCCUCCUUGGCUGAUGACCCAGAGCCCUCUGAUGAUGGCAUUCUCCUGGCAAGAGAAAAGGACUUGACUAGCCUUUCUGAACUUGAACAGUUUCAGGUUAUAUUUUAAUUUUUUUUUUUUUUUUUUUGUACAGGUUCUGAUCUAAUACAUUUCAACAUGCUUUUUUUCCCCCUCGUGUCAAUAUUUGUUAUAAACUAAUCGCCGGGGAUUUUUCACCUGGUUGGAGGGCGACGUGUGUGUUUGUGUGUGUGUGUUGUUUUUUUUAAGGGGAGGUGGAGGUCCUGGACUGAUUAAAGUUCAAUGAGAGAAAAAGCACAUUUUAGAACAAAAAAUAAAAGUGUAGAUUUAAUGUAUGUGACUGUGGAGUGCGGGGUUGUGUAGCUGGUGGAUCUGGAGGGUCUGGGAUUAGGGUGGUUCAGGGAAAAUGUGACACUCUUUCAGUUCCAUGGUUAAAAAAUGGGUUUCUCCUUUUUCCAAACUGUCCAGCAGGUGUUGACUGUUGAUUGAAUGUCAGCAAAGUAUUGUUUCCCUUUUCACCCGGUCCCUGUGCCCAUCUAACCUUAUGCCCAACUGAAGAGUUUAAUUCCCAAAGUAUGUUUCAUGAAACCCCUUGACAUAUUCUCUGUGGAAAAGGGGUUUUGUUGUUAAAUAAAUUUCACACAUCCUACAUCCCA